ACACUUACUGCUUCAAUUCACAAAACAACAGUCAGAAGUGAGAUUUUGAGUUUCCAGUGACCAUGACGGUGUACCCAUGUAUACGGCGUGUUAUUGUAUCUCUGUCUGUGUUUAGACCUGGUCACUGUGUGGGACUCAGAGCUGGACUGAGGACAUCAUGCAUUCAUCACACCAGAGAGGACAAAUCUCAUCAAGACUCAAUCGUGACACUUGAACAGCUUAAGGUGAUGCUGGCCAAUCACAGUAUCCAAUUAUUUGACGUCCGAAAUCCGGAUGAGUUCCAGGCAGGACGCAUUCCUGAUUCUGUCAAUGUUCCACUGGGACAGCUUGAGGAGUCAUUGAAGCUUUCUCCAGAGCAAUUUGAAAAGCUUUUCAAGGUGAAGGCCCCCAAAAAGGAGGAUGACGAUAUCGUCUUCCAUUGCCAAAGAGGCCGUAGGAGUUUAACAGCUCUUGAAACCGCCUGGCGUCUAGGAUUCAGCAGGGCACGUCACUAUGCAGGAGGAUACAGUGAAUGGGCUGAGAAAGAGAAGAAGUAGCUGAUCGGUGUGUAAAGCACAUUGAGAAAAGUUUGCCACGCCAGUAUCACUUUAACCGUUUCGUUUUUAAGUAAACGUCUAUCAUUGAUUCUGCUUUCCUUUGCAGUCAUGUAUUUACCAUUCUGUUCACUCCUUGUAGGAUUUAGCCUUAAUCUGCCAAGAGCUUGUGAUGGUAUGAAUAUUGUCUUUGAAUGCAUACAGUAUUUAAAAAAACAUCAGUUGUCAUCUAUCAGUGACAAUCAUGACAAUCGUGUCAGGUGAUUACACAGAGUGACAGACCACCCUAGAUUUGAUCUCCAUUUACUCCAUUUACAAUACUGCUGUAGGUGUAAUCAAUGUGAACAAGGUAGAUUAAUUACUCUAUCAUCUAUUUUCUCCAAAAAACCUUUGGAGGAAAAACUAAAAGUUGAUACACUAAACACAUAUUAUCUAAUCGAGUACAAAUUACACAAAAGGACAGAUGACAAAACUGUAAGUUUUUAUGUUUACAGACUUUAAA